GAAACGUGCUUCUUUUUUGUUCGGUGGUCACUCGGAUAUACGACCGUAUUUUGGAUUUAGUAUUUUUCCUGGGACAGUUCCGUAAAACAGAAAUUCAAAAUGCCGUACGCCCGAAAGAAGAUGCACGAUGGCGACACUCAUCUGCGCCGGCGGUGGCGACUGCGAAAUCGCAAGAAGGAUCUGGACCAGAUCGAUUUGGAUCUGCAAAAAAGCUCGGACCAGCUGCUCAACCAGGAGGUUGAUUUGGAGAAACCGGGAUUCGCUCAGUUCUAUUGCAUUCACUGUGCCACCCACUACAUCAACGACCGAGCCAUGCAGGAUCAUUUCCGCACCAAGGUCCACAAGCGACGUCUGAAGGCGCUGGAAAUCGAGCCGUACACGGUGGAGGAUUCCCUACGAGCUGCCGGAAAGGGAAGUUUCGUUCAACCACAGAAGCGCAAGAUGGAGACACAACCCUCGAAGCAGGAUUACGCCGAAGGAAAACGGGUCAAGGUGGAUGUCAUGAUCGAAGAGGAGAAACCGGCGAAGCAGAACUUGUCCAGGGCUCCCAAGUAUGACGGACAGUUUAAGAAGAUUAUGGAUGAUCUAACGACUCCGGCCACUUAGCAAUGAAACACGGUUGUCCUGUAGGAUCAGGUAAGUUAGUUUUAAUGAACAUUAUUUUUUUCUUCUGUAUAUUACACAAAAAAAUCCGUUUCAAACAUAGUGGAUGGUUUU